CUUUCGGGGGGGUUUCGUGAAGUUGGCCGAAGCCGUAAGUGUUAGCAGCUACCUUGCAUUGGGAAGCAGCUUACCUUCAAGUGGUGUACUCGUCGGUUGGGAUGCAAACAACGCCGUGGUAGAAGCAAUUGAAACUAUCACCAGCGCCAAGAAAUGCGUUACUCAAGGCUACAAAUACGAAGACGGUGAUCUUUUCAAUUCACAGUUCUGCGGUCGGGCUGCGAACGACGCUUGUGGUGAAUUGCCUGGAAGUCCUUUGGUGGCUGACAAUAAGUUGCUUGGUGUUGUAUCCUGGGGUUAUGGUUGUGCCAACAAAGACAACCCAGCUAUUUACUCCAACAUUCCAGUCUUGAAAUUGUGGCUCGAAAGUGUUUUGUAA